ACACCUGCCGUCUUGUGAAGGGUCAAACGUUGCCAUUGGUAUGGAAAUCUCCGAACCAGUUGUAGAAAAUGGAGAAACGGCAGUGUCCCCUGAGGAAUCGUGGGACCACAAAGAAGAAGCCAUUGAACCCGAAUUAGCAAGUGGCCCUUCCGGCGACGCAGGGCCCAUUGAAGAGAGCACCCAGGAAAUGAUGGAGGAAGAGGAGGAGAUGCCAAAACCCAAAUCCAUGGUAGCGCCCCCGGGUGCUCCGAAGAAGGAACACGUGAACGUGGUGUUCAUUGGACACGUAGACGCUGGAAAAUCAACAAUUGGAGGGCAAAUAAUGUAUUUGACCGGCAUGGUUGAUAAAAGAACGCUCGAAAAAUAUGAAAGAGAAGCUAAAGAAAAAAACAGAGAAACCUGGUAUCUCUCUUGGGCCUUAGACACAAACCAGGAAGAGCGGGACAAGGGGAAAACGGUGGAAGUAGGCCGUGCGUAUUUCGAAACAGAAAAGAAACACUUCACAAUUUUAGAUGCUCCAGGGCAUAAGAGCUUCGUUCCAAAUAUGAUAGGUGGUGCUUCUCAAGCUGAUUUAGCUGUAUUGGUAAUCUCUGCGAGAAAAGGGGAAUUUGAAACAGGUUUCGAGAAAGGAGGGCAGACGAGAGAGCACGCCAUGCUAGCAAAAACGGCGGGUGUAAAACACUUAAUAGUUCUCAUUAACAAAAUGGACGACCCAACUGUGAACUGGAGUAACGAAAGGUAUGAAGAAUGUAAAGAAAAACUGGUGCCAUUCUUGAAGAAAGUGGGGUUCAACCCCAAAAAGGACAUUCACUUCAUGCCCUGCUCGGGACUGACUGGCGCGAAUCUCAAAGAGCCAUCUGACUUUUGCCCUUGGUAUAUCGGGCUACCAUUUAUUCCAUAUUUGGAUAACUUGCCAAAUUUCAACCGAUCACUUGAUGGACCAAUCAGGCUGCCAAUUGUUGAUAAAUAUAAGGAUAUGGGCACGGUGGUGUUGGGUAAACUGGAAUCGGGGUCUAUUUGCAAAGGACAGCAGCUCGUGAUGAUGCCAAACAAGCACAACGUGGAAGUCCUUGGGAUCCUUUCCGACGACGUAGAGACCGAGGCUGUAGCUCCAGGUGAAAAUCUGAAGAUCCGACUGAAAGGAAUCGAAGAGGAGGAAAUUCUCCCGGGGUUUAUACUCUGUGAUCUUAAUAACCUGUGUCAUUCUGGACGCACAUUUGAUGCUCAGAUAGUGAUCAUUGAACACAAAUCCAUCAUCUGCCCAGGUUACAAUGCGGUGCUGCAUAUUCAUACCUGCAUUGAAGAAGUCGAGAUUACAGCCUUAAUCUGCCUGGUAGACAAGAAAUCAGGAGAGAAGAGCAAAACACGGCCCCGUUUUGUCAAACAAGAUCAAGUAUGCAUUGCCCGUUUACGGACGGCAGGAACGAUCUGCCUCGAGACAUUCAAAGACUUCCCUCAAAUGGGCCGCUUCACCUUAAGAGACGAAGGUAAAACCAUUGCAAUUGGUAAAGUUCUGAAGUUGGUUCCAGAGAAGGACUAAACAUUGUUUUUGACAAGCCUGCACAAAUACUGUAAGGAGAGGGGGGAAAAAAUGACUUUGCAGAGCCCUAUUCCACAUUGCCUUCUUUCUUUUCUUCCCACUGCCCCCCCCCUCUUUUGCAAAGAUGAGAUUUCACAGCAAAGGUCCACAUUGUCAGCUUUCUCAUAUUGAGAGCUUUGCUAUGCCACUGUUGAAUUUUACCCCUGAAAAAUUUCAUUUUUUUUUGUUUUGUUUUGUUUUGGUUGUUCCUCCUCCUACUCUUCCUCCCCCUCUUCCUAAAUUCAGCUCCCUCGGAAAGAUUUGGCAAUAGCUUUGUAAGUGAUGUGGACAUAAUUGCCUAGAAUUAUGAGAAAAAAAAAAUAAGUCUACAGGAUUUCUGUUUAAUUGUCCCCUCCCAUCAGACGGAAGCAUUUUUCAAGGCAGAUCAUUCAGGUGUGUGCAUGCGUGCACAUGUUGCAAAACACAAUUACCAUGUUAAUAAACUCUCCAAUUUGAAAUCU